AUGUGUAAAGCCAUCACAGAGGAAACCGCAAAGAAACUAGACUCAGACCCAGAGCUGAGUCCACAGUACAAAAAAGGACUAAUAAAACUCACGCCACUAACGCUCUACAUAGAUGAUGGCUCACUGGCAGCCUCAGCCCCAUCUAGAGCCGAAGCGACGAAAGUAGUCCAGAUGGCGUUCACAGCAGCCCACAGCUGGUUGAAGAAACGAGGCCUAAAAACCGACCAGGUGAAGAGCGACUUAAUGCACUUCACCAAAUCCAGGAUCGGCAGAAAUGCAGGCCCAGGCCCUGCGAUCACCAUACCUGCAAACGAAGAGGGCACAACCAGAACGGUGGUUUCUAACAUCAACCCCUCCAACCUGAUGAGAUACCUAGGCAUCUGGUUCGACCCACAGCUCAAAUUCACAGAGCAUGUCAAGAAGACAACCGCGAAGGCUGCCAGUGCGGCACACGCACUGAGAAUGCUCGGUAACUCGGAGAGAGGACUACACCAGACACAUCUGCGUCAGAUGUACAUAGGAGCCGUCCUCCCAAUCGCACUAUACGGACUCCCUGUAUUCUGGCGCUCUAAA